CGGCUCGUGCGCAAUUGCGCGCAGCUGCGCGCGACGCGAGCGCCCUCGCCUCCUGCGGUAAUAAAGGCUUCUCAUUCGUGGCGAGCAGCAGCAGGCAGACAUGGAGGAGCUGAGCGCCGUGGGCGAGCAGGUCUUCGACGCGGAAUGCAUCUUGAACAAACGGCUGAAAAAGGGAAAGUUGGAGUUCCUCGUCAAGUGGAGGGGAUGGUCGUCCAAACACAACAGCUGGGAGCCCCAAGAAAACAUCCUGGACCCAAGACUGUUGGCUGCAUUCAACAAGAAGGAGCAAGAGAAGGAGCUGCUGUUGCGUAACAAAGGGAAGCGGCCCAGAGGAAGACCGCGGAAAAUCCCAGAAAAUGUGCCCGAAGCUACAAAAUCAAGCAGCUCUUCAUCUGGCUCGUCGUCAUCGUCUUCCGACUCCUCGUCCUCGUGCUCGUCCUCUACGUCUUCAUCAGAAGAGGAUGACGAAGAUGGCGGCGAUGUUCAGCAGGCCGCCCCGAGCAUCAGAACGCGAGAGCUUCAUCCUGUCCCGCAGAAGAAGGCGCAGAUCGUCGUGGCAAAACCGGAGCCCCCGAAGAAGCGGAGCAGGAAACCUCUGUCCCCCGAGGUGAAGGAAUUUCAACAGAACAAGGCCCCUCGGAAAAUCCUGAAGACGUCCAAAGAUGCCGAUCUUCCGGGAGCGAUCAAAAAGCCUGUUCACCCGGCAAGCUUCACCUUCAUGGGUUUCCACCGGGGCUCGCCGAGGGACACGGCGGGCAGUCAUAACAGGGGCUCUCUGACCCAGGGUGGGGCCGUUAAAAACUCCCCGGGCUCUGUGGGAUCUGGCAGGUCAGUCCAACCUGCCUCCCUCGCUCUGAACAAAUCCAGCCAGAGCAGGAAUGUCUCUGAUGGCAAACUGUCCGUCUCCGGCAUGAGCGGCGGAACGAGCCUGGAUUUGAACACAGCCGCUGGUAAAUCAAAAGGGGUGGCGGCGUUGAAUUUGAAUACAUCCAAACACCCCAUUCAGGGAACCACUCAGCACACCCUGAGUUCCCCCAAUGGACAAAAGAAACCCCAGGGCCCUGUGUCAGCACUGCAGCGGAUGCCCAAUACCAAAGCAGUGGCGUCUGUACCAUCCAAGAACGCCUCCGCCAUUCAGGGUUCUGUCCCUCAGCCGCUCAACCUUCAGAACAAAUCGGCGCAAGGCAAGGAUGCCCCCGGAAACGGCACCACGCCAGCGUCGGGCCUGAGAAACGCAACACACCCAGCGAGGAAAACUACCGUCACGCAAAAUCAGGAGUACAAUCCGCCGAAGAGUCCGGCGAUCGCCGGAAGACUGCAGACCAGAAAGAACCCUCCGGGAGCAGACAAGGUCAAGGAGGCGACGGAAAUCCAGUCCUCUAGAGUCCAGGGCAGACUGGACAAGAGCGGGGUGCAUAAAGCCUCCACAGAAGUCCUCAGUCAGCAGGAGAGAGCGGCCUACAAAGACGGCAAGAAGGCCAAGAUGACCGACAUGAGCACAGGCGAAGAGGAGAGCAGCUCGGACUCGGACCAGGACCAGGAUUCUCCCUACGCCGGCGAGGAUCGCUCGCUGAACCCGAACCAGGACUGGAAGCCCACGCGCAGCCUGAUAGAGCACGUGUUUGUGACGGACGUCACCGCUAAUCUGGUGACCGUCACGGUGAAGGAGUCGCCGACCAGCGUGGGCUUCUUCAGCCUUCGCAACUACUGAUGAAGGAAUCGAGACACUGCGAACCAGACGCGCUAUGGAGUGGAACCCAAAGGAAUUUGGGUUCGUGAAGGAAAUGGAUUAAAAAAACCUUGUGGCCUGAGUCGAUUUGCUUUUUAUUUUAUUUUCACGAAAAGACUCGUUUUUAGGUUAAAAACAAACGAACUGUACGUCAGUUUUGAUUGUAAUUAUUUAUUCGCUUGUGUCUACAAAUCUGGGUCUCGUACGAUAACCUGAAAUCUCAACAAGUCUUCGUAGUCUCACUGUUGUCUACAAAACUGAGUCGUUACCAAGUUGCUGGAGAAUCAAGAUAAAAUAACCCUGGCCCCUGUGCAAGUUUCCGCAUCAGUGCGAAAUGUUAAAAAAUUCACACAUCCGCUCAUAUCGAUCUCCUCUGUGUUUGUUUUUAUUAUAACAUACAGCUAAGCAGAAAAGAGGAAUGUCCGGGCCAGAGUAAUUUGUGGAUGGCAGACAUUAAGUCAUGAUAUGUUGUGAUUCCAUACCAAUCAAUAGUUCACGUAAAACCAGUUUUUAAUUAUUAGUAUAGCAUCUUUACUUUUAAUGUUUUGUGAAUUAGCUACCUCCUGUUUUUAUUCACCAUUUGCUGCAAAUGUAUAUUAAUUUCUUCCGGGACAGGAAAAAAACCUUUCCCUCCAGGGUAAACCAUAAUUUUGUGUCCAUAUAAUUUGUUUUUCUGAGCUCUAAUGUAUUAAGUUCUCAUUGCUGUAUAAAACCUGUGUUAGUACCAGGAAGCUGACAAACUCCCCUCAGAACUGGACCCGAGUUGCACCACUGCGUUCGCCCCGAAAAGUCACUGGUCUAUCGGCGCAGUUUUGCCAAAUGACGCGUGUCUGGAUAGUUUGGAUACGGUAUCUUGGCUCCUCCCUGGUGCUCAGAUAAGACUCUGCUCAGGCUGAGGUUUGCGCCUCUUCUGCCUUUUGCAUCAACCCUCCCUGUUCCUUCGACGAGGUAUACACCAGCAACUUUAAUCUGAUGUGACAUGUAAUUAAUACGGACAAAAAAAAACAUAGAAUAAGUGCUUGUGUGUUGACACGGCUGGAUGAUCACGGGGCAGUUUAUCUGUCAAAGCCUCCCGCGAGCCCCUGAGAUUUGCCAAAGGCAACUGCUUUCAGAGAGGGAAGUGGGGAGGAGAGGAAAAAAAAGGGUUGGGUGUGAACAAAGCCUGACAAUAAACCUCUAAGCUUCGUUUGUCCCAGACCAGGAAACACCAGAUUUUCAUCGUCUCCGUCGCUGCUGGUCUUUGAGAAUGUCAAGUUCUGAAAUACCAGAUUUUAUUCGGGGGGUUUUUUUGUUUGUUGUUGUUUUGUUUUUUCUUUCUUGCAGCUGCAGGCGUCUCGUUUUCACCCGCCUGCAUCAUGGUGGUUCAGGAGCUGCAGGCCCAGCCUCCGAGCGCGGAGGAAGAACAAAAAAAAGGUCUUUAUCUGAUGUAACGGAAAAGAAAAACCACAAACAAUGUGCGCUACUUUCUGCUCCCUCGAGAGGAGUUUGGCAACAAAGCACUUCGACUGAACUCUUCUGUCUAAUCCUGCUCUGCAGGCUGUGCCUUUCUUUUCGCUCAAAGACUAAAACACAAAAGGCAUUACCCCAAAGAUAGCUAGAAUUUCAGGUUGUUCAAUAAAGGAGUUUCCCCCCUAGAGCAUAUAGCAUGGAGACUGUACCCUUUUUUUGUCUUUCUUAUCCACGUUUGUUUUGAAGCCCGGCUGGAAGACAUAUCGCAAAUGUUGAAAUAUUUUACGCCACUUUUUGAAAGAGCAAAAAGUGGUUUAGGUUCAGGUUAUAAAGAAGUACUUUCCAGUUAGGAGCAGAAAAAAAACACCCCUCGCUAGAAGGUUUUCUCCUAUUACACGUGUCACCGUUUGGAGUGUUUUGUUUCGUCUCGUCGGUUCACCUCAAAUACGUCCGGAACAAAACGUUAAGUUUAGGCUCAAUAAAAUUUGUCAUUCAUCAUCACGACCAUAUAAUAGAUUAUGGGGUAAUGCAAGGUGUUAUAUGAAUUUCUUUCAUGCACCUGCUUUUUCAGGAAUUAACGUCAAGAAAAAAAAUCUUCAGUUACUGUAUUUUAAUUUCAGAUGUACCAACUACAUUUCUAUUGGCAUGUUGUUCUCUUUACACUAUAUUUAUUUCAGGGUUAGGACUCCAUCAGCGCCGUCAAUCCUCGUUCUGUUGCCACUUGUCAAACUGACUAAUAAACGGUACGACCUUAAUGUCUGA